UAUAAAGUGGAUGCAUUCUCCCUCGUUGUUAACGGCAUCACAUCACAUGGGACUGUAACGCCCACCGAGUCACUCUAAAGCAUACAUAAAAACAAAUUCACAUAGAAGCAUGGAUAUGAAGAAGAAGGAUAAGGGAGUUAUAAUGGCGAGUCCUUUCAUCUCCAAACUAAAUGAUUCUUCCAAAUACGACUUCGUUAAGGUGAAGGUAUGGCUAGGUGAUAAUGACGAUCAUUACUAUGUUCUCUCCAGAUUUUUGCUCAGCAGAAUGUUAACUGUCACUAAGAUACCAACUCAUGUGGCGGUUAAGAUUGCCCUUGAUCUUAAAAAGCUUCUUGUUGAUAACAGCCUUCUUGAUGUCUCACAAGCAGAUUUAGAGGCAAACUUGUUUAAGCUUAUGAAGCGGAGAGGUUUCGGAGAAGAGUAUAUAAAACAUUAUAAAAUGAUGACAAGAUUUCACUACCAGAGAGUUGCUCUUGUAAUUCUUGUUUGUGGUACUGCCUGUGUUGGGAAGUCUACUAUCGCUACCCAACUUGCACAACGGCUGAACUUGCCAAAUGUCUUGCAGACAGAAAUGGUGCAUGAAUUGCUGCGCACAUCAACAGAUGCACCUUUGGCGUUAUCUCCAGUAUGGGCACGUGAUUUCAGCUCAUCUGAGGAGCUGAUAACUGAAUUUUGCAGAGAAUGCAGAAUAAUAUGGAAAGGUUUGGCUGGCGAUUUGAGAAAAGCAACGAAAGAUGGUAAACCGAUUAUAAUUGAGGGAAUGCAUUUAGAUCCAAGAAUAUUCCUGAUGGAAGAAAAGCAUAAGUUACUACCACUGCCUACUGCAGCCCGCAAAGAACCAUACAUUUCGAAGGUCAAAGACAACGAGGAAAGCAUUCCCAUUAUUGGACUUGGCAGUCAGAGUGAUGAUAUAGAUCGCUAUCCUGAGAAUGUUAGUUCAGAAGGAGCAUCUUCUAAGUUAGAUAAGCUAACAGAUUCUCUGAAGUCCAUGGAUAUUGUCGAAAAAACUUCUGAAAACGCAGAACCGGAGCAUCCUAACAAAUCUUCUGACCAUGCUGGUGAAGUAGUUAUAGAUUCAGGAGCAGACCAAAAUCCUGCUCACGGAAAACAAACUUCGGGUGAUAAACCAAUAUUUGUUCCUAUAGUUCUAAGGAUGGCUGACUUUGACCAUAAGGCAUUCCUGGAGGAGUGGGUAGCUACUCGUACAUUCAGGGAGAAGCAUCCUACCCAGGAUAAAGAUAAAGUGAUAACUAACUUGAUGACUAUUCAGGACUACCUGUGUUCCUUUACAUCACAGGGUUUGACUGUUGUUGACGUAUCAGCUGAAACAUUUCCACAGACACUAGAUUGGCUGCAUAAUUAUCUUCUUCAGUGUCUUGAGCAAGGUUUCUAGGGGAAAUCCAAGCAAAAUGCCAGAGAGUUGAUGAAUAAGGUUUUGGGAAGAGAUAGAGUUCGAGGAUCGAGCAACCUACCUCCGAACUGAAAGUGUCAAGCCUACAUGUGUUGUCCCAUGGAGGCUAGUUCUUGCUUUAAUAUUUAGUGUAAAGUAGUUGUAAGAGAAGUCUAAGAGUUUGCUCCGUGAACCCUGUGGGUGUUGUAUGUUAUGUCUCUUAAGAGACUAUAUAUGUAUAUGUUGAUGCUUUCAAACUAUAUAUUUCGGAUGCUUAUGCUUUAUGUUUAACUGUUGCGUAAUGGUAUGAGGUCGCCCGAUAUCUCGU